UUAGUGGAAAAAAAUAGUAUUUGUGCAUUAUCUUUUGGGAAGGAAUAUUUAAAUUCUCACAUCCAAGUAAUCAAGAAAUCCCUUCAGCACUUGAGAACAAGGAGUUACUGUCCCAACAAUAUGAAGAUGUUGCAUUGGGAAACAUAUAAGAUGAGUCCGGAUACUCAAAUUCAGAAAAUAGAAACAAUAAUGCUUGAUUCUUUGGGACAUAUAGAGGAACAUCAGUUAGACCCAGAUAGAACUUAAACUCAAAUUUUUAAUUGAUCACCCUGUUUUUUCAGUAUUUUAUCAGUUUUCCAUUGGGAAAGGUAUUGAUUAUCCAUUGUUUAUAUGCUGGUUAGGUGAAUAAGGCAUAUUAUAUGAGUAAAAUUGAUAACUUAAAUUUGGAAUUUAUUAACUGCAAAUAGUCAAGUCAAGAGGUCGAGAUAUUCCACAUCUAUAAUGUGUUGUAUUUAAAUUUGGAAAAACUUCUGAAAAGCAUUUUUUAAAUAGCCAAUCCAAGGUUGUGGAUACAAGCAUAUGCGUGAGUAAUAUGAUAAUAGCUUGCUUAUACUAAUUGUAUUUAGUUUAAUUUUAGUUCCUUCUAGUACGAGAUAACACCUUAUCUUCUGUUUUGUGGAAAUAAUCUAAGUUGAGUCAGCUGUUAAUCAACUUUCUCAUUCUGACCGUAAGUUAAUUACUAUCAUUUGUAUAUGCUAUUUAUCCACUAUCCUUUUCCAUUCCUUACUUUCUUUCUUAUUUUUUUCAUUCUUGGUGCUCUAUAUAAUGGAGUAAGUUAACUUUGGAAACCAAACAAAUCUGUUUCCAAGUGCAUAUGGAGAAGCACAUUUUCUUAUUGAUUCUUCUCUUUCUAGUUCAAUACUACUCAGUUUUUAUAUCAGCUGCUCCUUCAAAUGAGACAGACCAAGAAGCUCUUUUAGCUUUCCAAAAUCUUGUUACAAGUCCAAGUCUCUUCCUGGCCAAGAACUGGACUAGCAAUACUUCUUUUUGCUCGUGGUUCGGUGUCACGUGCAGUUCAAGAAGGCAAAGGGUUGUAGCCUUGACCCUUCCUAAUUUGAAACUUCAAGGCACAAUUUCUCCAUCUUUGGCUAAUUUGUCCUUUCUCAGAGAGCUCAAUCUUGGGAACAACUUCUUCCAUGGUGGCAUUCCUUAUGGCCUUGGCAACUUACCUCGCUUGCGAGUGAUUGAUAUUCAAAACAAUCAGCUCCAAGGAAGUAUUCCAAGAAAUCUUUUCCAACACCAGAGAGUUGAAAAAGUUUCUUUGGCUUUCAAUGAACUCAAUGGUGAAAUGUGGAAUGGGCCAUGGUAUGUACCAGAACUCAAAGUCUUGGAUCUCAUGAACAAUAGCCUCACGGGUAUGAUCCCUCCUACUGUUGGAAACGCCACAAAAUUGAUGAACCUCAGUUUGUCUGGGAAUAAAAUCAGCGGCAACAUUCCAAAGGAGAUUGGUAAUCUGAGCCAACUUGCAGUGUUGUCCUUGUACGAUAAUCAGUUAACAGGUUCCAUUCCUGCAACAAUGUUUAAAAUCUCGUCGCUAAUUGCAGCAGCUCUGGGAAUCAAUAGGCUUUCUGGUCCUCUCUUGCUUGAUGAAGGGAAUAGUUUGUCAAAUCUGGAGGAGUUAAGUAUAUCUUACAAUCUGAUUUCCGGUUAUAUUCCUUCCAACAUUUGUCAGCUCACAGAGCUCAGAAUUUUGUCCAUAUCUUUCAACAACAUAGCUGGAGAAAUACCCAGAAAUAUUGGAUGUUUAGCCAAGCUUGAGAUGUUCUUUAUUGGAUUUAAUAAAAUAAAUGGUGUUAUUCCUACUUCAUUGGGAAAUAUUACCGCUCUGCAAUAUCUUAGUUGUCCAAACAAUCACAUGGAGGGGCUAAUUCCUCCAGAGUUAGGGAAACUAUCAAACUUGAGGCUGUUAUAUUUUCAGGAAAAUUAUAAUCUUACUGGCGAAAUCCCAGAGGCUAUUUUCAACAUAUCUUCUUUGGAGACUAUUUUUUUCAGUUUCAACAAACUCUCGGGGAGAAUUCCAGCCACUACAGGUCUUCAUCUUCCGAACCUUCAAGAACUUUUCUUGGCACAAAAUCAGCUCGAAGGGGAAAUUCCUCCGUACAUCACAAAUGCUUCCAAGCUUGAGACAUUAGAACUAUCCGGGAACUAUCUCAGAGGCAGUAUUCCUACUAAUUUGGGAAAUUUUCGUGGGUUGAAAAAUCUGCUGCUGUGGGGUAAUCAACUUGUCAAUGAACCAGGUGAACAUGAGUUGCGAUUCUUCAAUUCUUUGGUGGACUGCAGAAUGUUGCGAUAUCUAUACGUCGGUUCCAAUCCAUUGAAUGGUGUUCUGCCUGAUGCUAUUGGAAAUCUUUCAUCUACUAUAGAAAAUUUUCAUAUGUCAGAUGCACACAUCAACGGCCUCAUUCCCACAGGUAUAGGCAACAUAAGCGGUCUAUUAGGCCUAGACUUUGAAGAAAACAACUUGACGGGAAGUAUUCCUUCUGAGGUUAGUAAGCUUACACAGCUCCAAGGGUUAUUUCUCACUAAAAAUAAAUUACAAGGGCAUAUCGUAGAGGCAGUAUGUCAUUUAUCUAAUUUGGUUCGAUUAACUCUGAAUGAUAAUGAGCUCUUUGGGUUAAUUCCAGAAUGUAUAGGGAAUCUUAGCAUGCUACAACAACUUUAUGUGGAUUCUAACAACUUUUCAUCAAAGCUUCCUUUGAGCAUUUGGAAGAUGAGUAGACUUCUCUAUCUAAACAUAUCAGAAAAUUCUAUAGAGGGAGAAGUUCCACCUGACAUUGGAGAACUGAAAGCCAUUGUAGAACUAGAUUUUUCUAGUAACCACUUUUGGGGCAUGAUACCAAGCGAAUGUGGAGAGCUCCAAAACUUGAAGUCUCUUAACCUAUCGAACAAUUCAUUUUCAGGCCCAAUUCCAUUAUCCUUUGCCAACUUGAUAGGCUUGGAAUUUUUGGAUUUGUCUUUUAAUGCCUUGUCAGGCACUAUUCCUAAAUCAUUGGAAAAACUAUCACACCUUAUAAGUAUCAAUGUUUCAUUCAAUGAUUUAGAAGGUGAAAUACCCAGUGGUGGCGUAUUUGCAAAUUUCACUUCGCAAUCUUUCCUAGGGAACAGUGGUCUAUGUGGAAUGCAAGUACUGGGGGUUCCUGCUUGCCCUAUCACUAAUUCUGGACGACAAUCAAACUCUAAGAAGCUUCUGCUAAAAGUCGUUAUUCCAGUGGUUAUUUCAUCUUUUCUAAUGUUCCUGUUGGCUUCAAUUUGGAUAGGGAAACGACAGAAGAAAGGGAAGUCUAAAGAUGUCGAAAAGGUACCGGAGAUCAAAACUCAUCAAUUAGUUUCCUAUCACGAGAUUCAGCGAGCAACAAAUAAUUUUGAUGGAUCAAAUUUAAUUGGUGUGGGAAGUUCUGGUUCUGUGUACAAAGGGACAUUAUCCAGUGGAAUUGUGGUGGCAAUGAAGGUUCUGGAUUUACAAAAUGAGGAAGCAUGCAAAAGGUUUGAUACUGAAUGUGAAGUAGUGAGAAAUGUUCGGCACAGAAAUCUCGUCACGGUUAUCACUACUUGCUCUAGCGAACACAUAAGAGCCUUCGUUCUGCAAUAUAUGUCCAAUGGAAGUCUUGAUAAUUGGUUGUACAGAGAAGAAUGCCACUUGAACCUUCUUCAAAGAGUCACCAUAAUGCUUGAUGUGGCAGUGGCAAUUGAAUAUCUACAUCAUUUUCAUGACACUCCGAUAGUUCAUUGCGACAUAAAGCCAGCCAAUGUUCUUUUGGAUGAAGAUAUGGUGGCUCAUGUUGGUGAUUUUGGCAUCUCUAAAAUUUUAGCGGUAAGCAAAUCCAUGGCACACACCGAGACAUUGGGCACUCUUGGUUACAUUGCACCAGAAUAUGGCUCGGAGGGAAUAGUGUCCACUAGCGGUGAUGUUUACAGCUAUGGAAUCAUGUUGAUGGAGGUUCUGGCAAAAAGAAGGCCAACAGAUGAAGAGAUAUUUAAUGAAAAUCUUGGCUUAAGGGAGUGGAUAAAACGAGCAUUUUCAGGGACAAUGAUGGAAGCUGUGGAUGCCAAUCUUUUUCUUGAGGAAGAACAGGUCAAUUCUAAAAGUGAAAUUUGCAUAGCGUCCAUGAUACAAUUGGCUUUGGACUGCACAAACGAAAGGCCAGAAUCAAGGAUAGCCAUGAAAGAUGUAGUCAAGAGGCUUCACAAAAUCAAGAACACAUUUUUGGCAACAUAGAAGUUAGCAUCUCUUAAGGUGGUGUGCUUUCUGAGCUGCAAGUUAAUAUGCUGCUUUUUGUUUACCUGAUUUCUUUAAUAUUUCUGAGCCGAGGGUCUAUUGGGAACUACAUCUCUACCUUCACUAGGUAGGGUAAGGCCUGCGUACACACUAACCUUCCCAGACCCUACUUGUGGAAAUAUACUGUGAUUGUUGUUGUUGAUUUCUUUAAUAUAGUCGUCCGUACUACUUUGGUGUCAUGUACUGUUUGUACUUUUGAGUGUUGAAUUCCCUCAUGUUGUAAAUUUCAUAUUUGAGUGGUUUUGAACCAGUUUUACCUCUUUUUAAUAGUAAUUAUGGUUUGAAUGCUUGAACCAGCAUUAAAUCGAGAAAUA